ACUUUAACUUCCUUUACGCUUACUACUACACAACUUAUUAAGUUGUCUUGGAGCUGCGUAACUUGAAAUUUGUAAAUCACCGCCUCGCCUCGUGAUCAUCAAGUAUAACUGUUCCCUUAGAAUUACACUUAGAGAAAACAGCGAUGGACGUCUACAAGCUGAACCCGAUGGACAGCCUAUUCAGCCCACUUUCAGAAUAUAACAACCAGCUUCACUCUCCGCCUAGCUUUGCAAACGCACACCCCGAAAUAUUCUACAACGAGGUUCAAACGGAGCCAGACCAGUUAGUUAAUCAGCUGGCUAUCAUACAAGCACACCAGCAACAAAUUCAUUCAAAUCAGCUCCUUCUCAAUCGUCAAUUCCAGCAGCAGCAGCAAGUUGACGACGGCCCACCUGGCCCAUCAAUUAACAACAGAAAGCUAGGACUCUAUAAGACGGAACUUUGCAGAUCCUGGGAGGAGAAGGGCACCUGUAGGUAUGGAUGUAAAUGCCAAUUUGCACACGGCCAAGAUGAGCUUAGGGAUGUUCCUAGACAUCCAAAAUUCAAAACUCAACUUUGCGCUACCUACUGGCAUUCUGGGUCUUGUCCAUAUGGCAAGCGUUGUUGCUUCAUCCACUCCACUUUCCCUCAUGGCGCAAACGCAAACGGGGCACCACCUUUGCCUUUGAGUGAAGAAGAACCAACUAUGACAGUCUCACCAAGACAAUCAUUCACUCAAACACCUACUAUGCACAGUCUCUCACUCACACCAAACACAUCAACCGAUUCGCCCCCAAAAAAUGGUCAGGCGGAGCAAUACACCCCUUCAUUGUUAUCUAGAAUUGGAGAGAGACAAAGAGCAGGUUCAACACCUUCGUUGUCUACAUCGCUUGACAGCAAUUUGAGCUCUCCACCUCCAAUGUCCAAGACAAACUCACUCAACUCUUUCCAAUUCGGAGAGGCACCAAUCUAUGGAUUAGGUUUGGGCUUCACUAACAAUAAAUUCGAUGAAUUCAGUCUUGGUUUCAAGAACUCGCUUUAGAAACUCUUUUCACUCUUAUCUCUCUUUCAUAUUUAGACAAGCGCUUAAGCGCUCAAGCGUUCAAGUAAGAGCAUACCCUCGUUUACGACAAACUAUUUAGCUCUCGGAUCAGACUCCCGAUUUUUUAUUUUUUUAACUUAUAUAAGAUGUUUCGCACAUGUAUUGCC